UUGCAAACUGCAAUAAUGUCAGCCAUUUCUCUGGUUCUGCUUUCGUUCCUUUAUCAUCUGGUCUUCCUCACCGCUCAGCCUCCUAACUUCAAAUAUUACAGAUGUUUCGGUAUCAAGGGCAACUACACAAAUACAAGCACGUACCAAACCAACCUUAAUAUCCUUCUCUCGGAUCUCGCUUCCAACGCUCAAAUUGACUAUGGCUUCUACAAUCGCUCUCGCGGCAAAAACCCAGAUAGAGUUAGAACAAUUGGGUUAUGCAGAGGAGAUGUUAAGCCAAUUGAAUGCCAGGGUUGCCUCAAGAAUGCCUCGCUUCGUCUCCCACAGGUUUGUCCGAAUCAGAAGGAGGCCGUAGGAGGCUAUGACGACUGCAUGCUACGAUACUCCAACCAAUCAAUAUAUGGGGUCAUGGAAUCUAACUUUUGGGUGCCUCUGUGGAACGUGAAUAACGCAACAGACCAAGAUAAGUUCGAUCAAGUGGUUAAUGAGUUGUUGGACCGACUGAGAAUGAAAGCUGCGAAUGGAGAUUCACUUCUUAAGUACGCAGCAGCGAAUGAAUCGGGCCCGAGCUUCCAAACAGUGUACGGGGCAGUUCAGUGCACUCCUGAUUUGUCUCAGCAAGAUUGCGUCGACUGCUUAGUGGAGGCUAUCUCGCACAUUCCAGAUUGUUGUUCGACCAAGAGAGGCGGCAGGGUUAUCAUGCCCAGCUGCAAUAUUAGGUAUGAGAAUUACCGUUUCUUUGUUCCCGUGGCUCAGGAUUCACCACCAUCACCGUCACCGUCUCCUCGUUAUUCUCCUCCAACAUUAAUAUCUAAAGAAUGUUUGGCUUUCGCAGGGAAAAGUAGCAAAUCAAAAUCUUUCAUUGUCAUAGUUGUGCCGCCGAUUAUUGUUGUAGCCAUCUUACUGCUCAGCUCCGUCUUCAUUUAUUUCCGAAACAGGAAACCCAAAGAAACAAGUCAAAUCGAUGAAGCUGAUCAAAUUGAUGAUGAAAUUAAACCUACUGAGUCAUUGCAAUUAGACUUUGACACCAUCAGACUUGCAACUGAUAAUUUUUCAGAUGUAAACAAACUUGGGCAAGGUGGAUUUGGACCAGUCUACAAGGGCAAGCUCUAUAAUGGAGAAGAAGUUGCGGUCAAAAGGUUAUCAAUGAAUUCUGGCCAAGGAGAUAUAGAAUUCAAGAAUGAAGUAAUGUUGGUGGCCAAGCUUCAGCAUCGCAAUUUAGUGAGACUACUUGGUUUCUGUUUGGAAAGAAGAGAAAGGCUGCUCGUCUAUGAAUUUCUUCCCAAUAAAAGUCUUGACUAUUUAUUAUUUGAUCCAGCUCAACGUGCUCAAUUGGAUUGGGAGAUUCGUUACAAGAUCAUAGUGGGUAUUGCUCGUGGUCUUCUAUAUCUUCAUGAGGAUUCUCGAUUACGAAUUAUUCAUCGAGAUAUCAAAACAAAUAAUAUUCUUUUAGAUGAAGAGUUAAAUCCUAAGAUAUCAGACUUUGGCAUGGCAAGAUUAUUUGUUAUAGACCAAACGCAAAGUAAUACUAGUAAAAUUGUUGGAACCCAUGGGUACAUAGCUCCAGAGUAUUUAAUUCAUGGACAAUUCUCCAUGAAAUCUGAUGUCUUUAGCUUUGGUGUCCUAGUCUUAGAAAUUAUAAGUGGGAAGAAAAACAGUGCCACCUUUCAUGGAGAGAAUUCAAGUGAUGAUCUAAUAAGCUUUGCGUGGAAAACUUGGAGGGAAAGGGCAGCUUCAAAUAUAAUAGAUCCUGUAUUGAGCAAUGGUUCAAGAAAUGAGAUAUUGAGAUGCAUCCACAUCGGGUUACUAUGUGUUCAAGAAAAUGUAGCUGAUAGGCCAACAAUGGCUUUAGUUUCACUUAUGCUGAGCAGCCACUCCCUGUCUCUACCAUUACCAUCGCAACCUCCAUUUUUACCGAAAAGCAAAAGCUUAUCAGAGAUGAACUCAAGGGAAUAUAGUUCAUCUGGGGCUACAAGAUCAAGUGAAAGAAGAAGCAGUAACUCUGCUACAGCUUCAAAAAAUGAAGUCUCAAUUACUGAGCUUUAUCCUCGCUAAAUCUGGCCUUGCAGGUGACGUUCAAUGUAUCGAUUCCAA